AUGACCGGCGAACCAAUGACUGCCCGUGGAGCCGUUGCUGGACGAGCGCCCCAUCUACAGCCCCCACACGCCAACCAUCCCCUGCAAGCGCUGCGUACGGACGACAUUGAGGUGCAGGUCCUGGAGCAAGGGAUCGAACUUUGUAGCAGUGGCAGUAGCGAGCGAAAGCCCAAUGUAGCUGGCGGCCCGCCAUCCGGCAGUAGUGGUGGCCCAAAACCACCCACCAGCUUUGGACGCGGUGGCCGCAUGAGCCUGCAACCGUCCACAACCACCGGUACCACAUCGCUCGUCACAGGCAGCACCGGAUUGGGCGCGGGCGCUAAUGGGCCGGCGCCUGCCGGAUCUCGGAUAGCAUCGCUCAAGAACCCGGUCGGGUGGGUGUGCUGUGCGCCGUGCAUUUGGCUGAGGAGUUCAUCCGCCGUGCACAAGAUGGCGAUAACGGCCGCCACGCUGCUGGUGACAUCGCUGCUCGUAGCUUCGCCGAUACUGUUUCUUAUUUCGGCAGCACCGUCUCAGUUGCCGCGCGACUGCUUUGCGGCCGAUGAGGACGACUGCCAUCCGACGCCUGCGCCGCCACCGGUGUGUGCGGAUCCGAUCUGCCGUGCGGCAGCGAUCAGCAUAUCGUCCCGCAUGAACUGGGACGUGGAGCCGUGCCGUGAGUUUAAGAACUACAGCUGCUCCACGAUGGAGAGCAGCCUGCGGGCGGUUAAAAGCGCACAGGAGCUGGCCGAUACGCAGAUGCAGCAGCUGCUGUCACUCAACACAACGAGCGGGAUAUUCCGCAAGUUGGGCCGACUGUACGGAAGUUGUCUGCGCCAGGAACUCAACGAUACGAGCAUUCGAAGGCGACUGGAACAGCUCGGUGGCUAUCUGCACAUCGGAUCGGUGGGACCACAAAGCAUAUCGCCGUUGGUAGCGAAGAUUCAAGCGAUCGGACCGCUGCCAUUGAUCGGCAUCUACUACGAUCUCAGCUACGGCCGCAAACCCCAGUCGCUGCUGAUCAUCGAUGGACCAAACACGCCACCGAACAUACUGGAGAAUCCCGUUCGAUGGAAUGGACCAAGGGCACCGCCCUACGAUGUGGAGGAGGUACCGGAGCUGUUAGACGAACUAAUCAAUACAUUUCUACCGUUAGGGCUGAGCGGUGAACAGCGGCUAUCGGAACGGAACCUUAUUUUUAGCUUUAUUCGUGAACUCAAUCAGAUUCGACGAAAUUAUGUGCAGAAAGAUUUUACCAGCAGCUAUGUCCUGAACAACGUGACUGCCCUUUUGAAUGCUCAUCCUUUCCUUGCCUGGUCCGAGCUGGUACCGAGCAACUGGACCGGUCCGAUCGUGAUUCGAAGUCCCGAGUACCUGCGGCAGCUUCGCAAGCUACUUCUGCAGUACCAGAACCGCGUGAUCCACAACUCGCUGCUGAUGCUGUUCGCGCUCAAUACGCUACCGCCGGGCCGUCCGUCACCGUUGGUUUGUACGCGAGCAACAAACUGGGCCCUGCCGGAGGUCACAUCCGCCCUGUUCGUGGCCCAGUACAGUGAGGAGGUCAUUCGGCACGCUAUACAACGGACGGAGGAGAUGUUCGAAAACAUGAAGCAACAUCUGAAGCGAGCUCCAUCGCUACGAGGCGCAGCACUGGUGCGACUGUCCCAGCUGAAGGUGCAGGCCAAGGUUUGGCCAACGUUGUUUAACCGGACGGAAAUCGCUUCCGUGCUGGAUGAGAUCGAAAUCAGCUCGGACAAUUGGUUCGAAAAUGUGCUGAAAAUUUACGAAAUCAACAACAAUCGGACGAAGGCGGUGAAUUUUACCGUGGACUCUUUGCAGACAGCAUACGCGUAUCCACAAAUAUCGAAAGUAUUCUACGACACCCUGUCCCACUCGAUCGUAGUACCCCUGUCGGUGAUCCUGGUGCCGUACUUUAACCCAGUGCUUCCACCGUACCUGCACUAUGCCUCCCUCGGUACGACCCUCGCCAAAGAGAUUCUGCGCUCCAUAACGAAAGCGUUCGAGACGAAGAUCAUGCAGUGUGUGCCGAGCGCCGUCAGUGUCUUCUCGAACGCGAGCCGCAUGGAGCUGCUGAUCCAUUCCGGUGCGUUGCAGAUCGCGUACCAUACGCUCCUAUCCCUGUCCGGACCGAUCAAGGGCAUGAACCGGCUGCUCGGGUUGAGCUUGACGCCACCGCAAAUCUUUUUCCUUAUCUCCGCCCAGCAGCUGUGUGCCGAAUCCGACUACGGUGGGAUCGAUGUCAAUUCGAGUGAUUUCGAUGAAAUACUUGCCUGGCUGAUUUCGCAGGGCGGCAGUGCAUCCGAUGUCUUUCAGUGUCAUUCGACCACUAAGUUAAGUUACCAGAAGAAUUGCGACAUAUGGUAAGGCAAGAGCGGGCAGAAGCGGUAACAGCAACACCGAAACACAGGCAGAACUGAAGAGGAAUGUUCGUAAAACAUGACCGCAGCAAGUUCUAGUGAUAAUGAAAGGAGCAAUCUUUCGUAGUAAAACGUAUAAACACAUAGGAAUAAAAUUACACACAACACACAAAUAGACAAACGCCGGCCAUGAAAUGGCAACUGAGAAGUGGCGUACACCAUUCAUGAUCAUGAUCGUAAGAACUUUUAGCCAGUAACAAGUGAUAGUGGUUGGGAAUGGGAAUAAGUUAGAUAUACGCUGCUAUAAUUUAUGUUACACGCUUACAGAGGUAUGUUGAAUGUUAAAACAGAGAUAGGCGACUAAGAAGUUUAAAAAAGAUAACGUACAAACCGUUGCAUAUUUAUUAAAAGAGAGGCUUUAAUAUGAGUUGAACAUAAUUUUGCCAUGUUGUAAAUUAUCCUUCCAUGCGUAACUGGGUCCGGUUCGGAUCGGAAUCCUAAAUAAAUAAGGUCAAUUAAGUUGUGUUUGUAUCGCAGUGUAAUUGUUUGCUAGGCGCUCUGUAGUCUAUAGCUGUAUCGUUAGUUAGUUAGGACCGUAGGUAGUCGUUCGUGAUGGUCACGUUAGAUGUGAUGUUUCGUUUUUAACCGCCAACUGGGAAGGACGGCAGACGGAGCAGAUUGUUCGAUCGAGCAUACAUAUAUGAGCAUAGUUUAUUAGUCUGUAACCGUGUUGGGAAGCGACCGUGACAAUAUUAUCCACCACCGAAAGCAAAGGCUGGCGGGAAGGUAAACUAGUGAGGCUUAUUCUAGGUGAAGUUGAGCUAUAGGAAUAGGAAGAAUGGGAAGAAGAUGGAUUUAUUAUUUAAUUGUUUUCGUAACAUAGUGGGAAGUGGGAGUAGUGUGUACGCAAGUGUUGCCACGCCAUUGUGGCGUUGGUUAUGGAAGGGAGUAAACCUGGUAGAGAACUAGCGAUAAUGGUACUUGUUACUACCACUGUUGUAAUCUAGCGUUGUGCAUUUGAUAUUAUAAUUUUCUGAACAACAUUCACAAACUAUAUGAAUAUAUACAAACCAAAACAAAACAGACACAUUCAGCAUCACCCUCACACGUGUAGUGUUAAUCAACACAAAAAAAACCUGCCCUGUUUGUAGCAAAACAUGUGGCCAAGCACGUAGAACUGUCGGUGUGUAGCGUACAGCGUAAUAUACAGCGGGACGUUUAUAAACUGUUGAGGUUAGGUUUAUUGCAUUGCGAGUGGUUAUAGGAAUGUACUAAAGAAAGGUUAUAAUUGAAAACAAAGCAAAACACAAAUUUACAAACGUCCUAAGAAGCAUUGUUCACUUGCUAGUUAGUGCAUUAGUAGUGCAUCUGUACAACGCACCACCAUCGGUAACACACACAAACACACAGACAAACAUUCGGAAUUGAACGUAUCGUUUAAUGAAUGGGAGUAGGAACAAAGGAACAAUAUAUGCUGGGAUUCACCGAUAUCAAAGUAGAUCUUGUAGCGAACACGAUACGUAGGUUGUAUGUGUAUGUAGCCACUGGCAGGAAACGAUCAAAACCCAACAAUUUAUCAAAACCUCCUCCCUAAAACAAAACAAAAACUCCAGUAGUUACUCCAGCAAGGGUGAAAACCAACAGCAGAAGUGUACCUUAAAUGUUAAAAUUUAUAUACAUCCCCCGUAAGAACUGAAUGUGUCGAGAAGCGCGUGAAGCCUAGCGAAUACCAAAACUGUGAAUGUGUCGCGUGUUUCGCGUUGCAUCAGUCACGGAACCGAGUCACAAUUUUUCCCGCGCGUGUGAAACGUUAGCUCAUUUUAUUAGAAAACUCUUUUAAGAACCCAUUGUGAAGUGUGGAACACUAAACCAUGACACAUAAACUUAGCGAUAGCGAAUGUUGUAGGUAACAAAAAAGGAAGAGAAGCAACAACCAGCUGGACACAGAAACACCUUUUAAUGCUAUUUAGCCAUGUAAAACAAAACAAACUCAUCGAAAACAUCAAGCAACAUUCAAACAAUUUUUAAACUAGGCUGAAGGUUCACUAAGGUGGUGCUCUAAAAUCUGUCCUAUACGACAAAAGAGAAGAAAAGUUGCGCAUGUUCUAGAAUGUGUUGGUCGACAUAACUGUCAAAGAGGCAAGAAACAUAAAAUCACCUUAAAAGACAUGUUGCAAAAACAUGUUUUACAUGUCUGACAUGUCUGAUUUGAAUUUAGACAGAUGUUUUUUUCCGUGUCCGACAUGUUUUUCUAGAGCACCUUCAUGGUCUGUUCUUGUUGUGUGGCGGCAAAUUUUAGAGCAGAGCCUACCUGUUUCUAUCCACAUGCUGAACUAUGCUAGAAGACUGGUCAAUCUUCACUGUAAAAUGCAACCAAAGUUCUACAGAGUCUCACGAGGAAGACCGCCAUGCUUUCCGGCUCUGUCUAACUCAAACAAUCAAACCAGUCAAAGCGAGAAAGUAUGACGAGUUCUGCUUUUGGGAAUGUUUGACACAAGUUCGCUGGCAGAUAACUGAAGUUUGAAAGAGCGAGGCAAACAGUUACCAAACCAACUUGUUUCCCGGUUUUAUACGACCCUUUCGCGCUUUUCCAGCCUUUAUACAGAAACACCGGAUUCCGCGGAGGUUUAAAACAUGGCGAUUUUAAAACAAAACAUAGACACACCACUCCAUUGAUCCCACUGAGAGCUUAAUGACAAUUACAGGCAGUUCGAUGCCACCCGGUCGCGGUCGCGUGCAUUCGUUUCGUUCGGUUCACUAGGAAGGUGCGCUUGGGUUUUGUUGUGUUUGUAGGGUAUUUGGUGGCAAAGGCAUUUGUCAAAUUAUGCAACUCUAAACAGGGUGAAACCGAAAUGGGGGAACUUGGAAGCACGCGACCGUUCGUCGUAAACACGUUGUAGCAAUCCUUAGCAAAAUGGUGCCAAACAUGUGAGAAAACUUACAGCAAACAAUUUGUGUGCGUGUGGAUGUUAGUGUUUGAUGAUUUGAUUAGCGUUCGAGGUAAAGCGUUACAGGCACGAUAAUGAACUGUUGAUACUAUUUCGUUUGGCCGCCUGUCCUGGGAAGGGAUGGGAAGGGACAAACGCAAUGCGAUAAUACUGAGAUAAAACAUUAGCAAUAAAUGA